ACAAAAAGACGACACAGGAUGGCACUGGUCACAAAAACACAACGAAGGAUGCCCUUCAAGUUUUCUUUCAACUCUGCUCGGAUGAGGUGUCUCUUCUAGGUAGCUAGUACUAGUAGUCACCAAGUCAACUUCAGCAGCAGAGGGAUGGACUGCUUGGUCUCAAACAUCUUGUCGUUUGUAGUGAGAGACAAAGGCAUUCGCACCGAGUAGUCGCAUUUCAGUAGUAUCAUCAUCAUCCACAAGAGAAUUGACCAACCAAACGCCACCACAAGAUUUCACAAGAAGCCAUGAAAAGCUCGUUCCAAAAUAGCACUUCGAGUGAUUAUGACGAUGUGGAAGUAAACAAGAACAAAACGAGAUCAGUCCAUUUUCUCUGUGCUCUGGGAGUGCUUAUAUUCAUGGUAUUCAUGUCCACACAUGCUUCCUCGCAGUUCAGAAACGAGGCAGUUUUUGUGUCGCUAAAGAAUAAUACUGCUUCACAUGUGGCCACGACAACCGCUGUGAUCACGCCAGAAGAAGAAUCAACAACAAGAUCGCGAGUGCCCUCUCCACAGGGAGCUACCACAAACAGCGAGAAAGAACCGGGUAUUACCAACGUGACUGUGUUUCUCACCACACCGGAAAACCCCUCAGACAGCAUUUUCAAAGCUGGAACUCUGCAUCGCUUUGGUUCUGGAAAGAUUCGCUACAACAUUCAAGAGGGGAACUGCACGUGUGACAACACUACCGAGCCAGUGAUAGUGGAACCUCCCUGCUUGGCUGUCAGUCAGUUUUGUGACAGUCGAAUUCUCAAGUGCCAUUAUCCACGGUGCAAAACGGUGAUUACCAAUGAUGAACGUUGCAGGAAAAAAGGGAGAAGAUACGAUGUGAGAGAAUACUACAACGCCGAUUUCCCCAGCAAACCAUACCUGCCUCUGGGACCACGGUUAGAUUCGUGGACAUCCUUUCAAAAGAUCAAAGCCAGCAAGGGGGGUCAAUUCACCAUUAUUCCAGCAUCCAAGCGCAAGUAUGCAUUUAAUGCCAUAUUUUCCAAGUCGACCAAUGAUGGUCGGGUGCGACUUGCCAAUAUCAUCGAUAACAGCCAUCACAACAACAAUACUAAUAGCCAGCUGACCAUUUUUGCUCAAAUGGCCGAGAGAUGGGUCAAAAACAUCAACAAUCCAAAACGGAAAUCAGGUCAUUUGCAUACAGACCAGUACAUCCAGGUUGUUCUGGACAGCACAUUCACGUUGGCACCCACAGGGCAUAAUCCAGAAUGCUUUCGGCUUUAUGAAGCCAUCGAAGCAGGAUCCAUUCCGGUCUUUGCCCGGGAUGAAGAUUAUGCCAAUCAAAAUUGUAAGGAAUCACUCCACGCCUGGUUGGACGUGGAACCCAAAGCGCCCAUCCUGGUGCUCGACUCGUGGGAUGAUGUAUAUUCUACAAUUGAAACGUUGUUGCAAGAUCCAGCAGCACUGGAUGACCGGCAGGCCCAGCUUUCGAAAUGGUAUAAAAAACACAUGCGCAAGGUCACGAAAAAGUUUGAACGAUACCUCCUGAGAGGACAGUAAUAAUGAAACUAGAAGAAGAAGCUGCCUUUACAUGGAGGUUUGCAAGCCAGUGAGGUGAAUGUGCACACUCUAAUCAUAUCUUUUUGGAUAGCUAAAGGUCUUCGUCUGUUACUUGUUUGGCCAGCUCUAGUUUGGGCUCCGGAGCAGCCAUGUCGUUGUCGUUGUCGUCUUCGUCUUUGCUGUUAUCGUCGUCUUCGUCUUGGCUGUUAUCGGGUGUCUUGUUGUAUUCCACUUCUACUUCUCCCUUUUCCAUGUCUUCUUCUUUUAAUUGUUUGGCUAGCUCCAAUUGUUGCAUCUCAUAGGGCCGUCCUCCCAGCAAGGAAGGAUAACAACUGAAGCAUUUUGACAAGACACCGCUGAACAUGAUGGUCCCAAAAAUGGGGUAGUAAAUGAUGUAGGUGAAUAUGAGCUCCACAAAGUAGCUGGCAACAAAGAGAUAGUCUUCAAAGUUCUGUUCCUUGUA